CCUGCGGAUAAGUAGCAGUCAUUCUAGGCAGCCCAAGCGGACGCUCUUCGUCUGUCGGCAUGGGGAGAGGAUGGACGUGGUGUACGGAAAACACUGGCACUCCCUCUGCUCCGACAGUAAAGGCAGAUAUGUACGCUCCAAUCUGAACAUGCCUCCCAGUUUGCCGCUGUGGGGGGGGCAGAGAGAUUACGACAUGGACGCUCCCAUCACUGUGAUCGGAUCCACACAGGCUCGACUUGUGGGUGAGGCUCUGUUAGAGAGUAACACAGUGAUCGACUUUGUGUACUGUUCUCCUUCUCUGCGAUGUGUCCAGACUGCACAGAACAUCCUGAAAGGUCUGCAGCAGGAUGGUAAGCUGAAGGUGCGAGUGGAACCGGGGCUUUUUGAGUGGACCAAGUGGGUUUCGGGGACCUCCCUGCCUGCGUGGAUCCCCCCCACUGACCUGGCUGCAGCGCACUUCAGUGUGGACACAACAUACAGACCUCUGAUCCCAGUCAGCAAGCUCAGUGUGUCCGAACCUUACGAGACCUACAUGAGCCGGAGCUACCAAGUGACCAAAGAUAUCCUGUCAGACUGCAGAAACACUGGAAACAACGUGCUGAUUGUAGCCCACGCGUCUUCCUUAGAGGCGUGCACACGGCAGCUGCAGGGCCGCGGCCCACAGAGCGCCAAGGACUUCAUCCAAGUAGUCCGAAAGAUCCCCUACCUGGGCUUCUGUUCCUGUGAGGAGCAGGGAGACACAGGGGUUUGGCAGUUAGUGGACCCUCCCAUCCUCCCCCUCACACACGGACCAAACCACUCCUUGGACUGGAGGGAGACACUGAUGCAAGAAUGACAUGUGAUCUGAACUCUGUCCCACCUGAUCAGACUGUGCUCCUUCCCCUCCACUGACUGCAGGAACAAGUUUCAGACCAGUGCCACUCAAAUACUGGAAGCUUUCUUUUUUCCGCCUCUUCACACAGCUGGUGGCUCAUCAGUGAGCCAUGAAAAAGCUUCCUGCCUGAAUAUGAAGAAAAGUCGCAGCCGAUUAAUGGUUGUCGAACUGACUGAUCUGGCUCUGAGGCUGGAUUAAACAACGAUUUAACAAAUGUCCACUUACAAUAAUUACAGUAUUGCAUUUUUAUUUUUGCAGGUAGAGUGAGAUUGAAUUAGUCUGGCAGGACGGGUGUUGGCUGCACUGCGUGGGAGAGCUCUCACUGAACACCAGCUGACUUCGUCAGCCCAGUCUCAGAACAUUUUGUGAAAUAAGCGCAUUUUAUAACAGAUAAUAUUGUCCUAUGUGUAAAGAAACAUAAUUUAUUACAAACAAAAAUGCCUGAAAAUUUAGUUUUGUUGUUGUUGUUUUUAUAAACAAAUAACUGUAUGAAUGCAGAAUCUUGAGGCAACAUGACAAGAUUUUGUUAUUGCAUCGCAUUUUGAGCAGUAUUGACCAAUUAUUUGUUUGCGUGCUUUGCUGGCACCCAGGUAAAAAGACUGUGUUGAGAGUGUAAGAGCGGAACGCAUUACCUCCCUCCCAUUUUUGAAGUCAUCAACCGUUUUCUGACGACUAUUUCCUUUUUCUUAAAUAAAAAAAUAGGUUAAGUGAACUACUUCUUAAACAACCUGGUCGCAGAAGUCAUCUCUUAACUCCAACGUAAUUUCAAUGUCUCAAUUUGCUAACAUUACUGAGGCUUCUCUCAAAAUGAGCAUGCCUUAUAGGCUAAUUCAAUUCGAAAUUAUCAGACUGAUGUCACUGCAAAUUUAGCUACCUAUUUUUUUCUCAUUUACACUUGAAUUUAGACUAUAUCUUGCAGGCUAAGUUCCCCUCAAUAAAAUAUGUAUUUCACAUUUAGUGGUUCCCUAAAUAUGAACUGGAUAACUCAAAACUCAAAUUGGUUGACUUUACUAAACCUAGCUUACUAACAUUAAACAUUAGCUGUAAGCAUACAAGAGUAUACAUUUAAAGCCAUUACAAUUAAUUGAAUUAAAUGUUCAAAUUAGGUCUUUAGUAAUUAUAUGAAUUAUUGACGUCAUUAUAUAUUUGCAUUUAAUGCAUUACCUGACAUGCUUGUUAGCUUACUAAAAUGUUAACCAUGGUGGCUUGACACGUUGUUCUUUAACAACAAAUAUAUUGUGUACACCCAUGUCAUAACCACAAGCUCAUGAGUACCAUCUGACAGCAGCAUUAGUUCCAACAUACUGUACAGUAUCUCAGAUGCUAAACCUUGUAGCACUUGCUUUUUACUUAGGAUACUGUAAACCAUUUUGACUUGGCAGUAUUUAAACCCCACUAAACAAACAAUAACAACAAACAAAUUUGCCUCAGAAAUUGGGUUUCUGGUGUGUAAUGCAGAUUACAAUCUCAGUGGGUUUCAUUUGUAUGGCUAUAGAUGUGGUGGUUUCAGGUAGAUCUUUAGUCCAAUGUAACUGAAAGUUUGCACAACUUUAUUUUUGACUAUGUGCUUAGUUCACAAAAUUGAAUGAGACUGUAAAGAGAGUGUAAUAUCAUACAGUAAAAUCCCUGCUUCUGUGUACAGAUCCCAGCAGCAUAUUCACCGUUCAUUCACACCGCUGCUUGCCCUUGUUCAGUGAGGGAAAACAUAUCAGUGCUGGCUUCACGUCUUCAUCAGGGAAUCGCAUAUUUUGGUAGCACAUCCAGUACAGCAGUGUCUUCUGUUAUUAAUGUAUUGUAUGUAAAAGGAACAGUAACUAUAUAACAGCACAACCUGCACUAUUGACAAUCAUACGGUAACUGCUUAAUUCUGUUCCGAUUUUUUCUUUUGUAAGUUUGAGUUUGGUAAAUGUUCUUCAAAAUUCAGAGUAGCUGUAAAUAAUCAUAUUUUAGGGAAAAAAGUCUUCCAGUUGCAUUUUUAUUUAUUUAUCAACCUUUGAUUCAGAUGUUACAAGCAAACAUAUUAACAGCAUGCACAAUUUUUAUGAUCGGUAUCUCAGGUGUUGACUGCAUUUAAGACAUGUUCCAGUAAUUGAGUGACUGUUGUUGUGAGUGCCUGUUGGGAAUAAAGGGAUGUCUCCUGAUGUUCUGACUUUCUACCCUGGUGCAGAAAAAGAAGCCGUUUUAAAGGAUCAGUACGUUUGUGAGACGGUUCUCAUCACAGCCUUGUUGAUGAGAACAUCUCAAUUCAGGGUAAAUUUGUUUUGCCUUUUAGAGUCAUUUUGCAGAAUUGAAAAUGAUGUGUCCUGUCUAUGACAUGAGUUGCUUCUAAAGCCAUUAUGAUGGGAAUUUAUAGUGAUUCAAUAUAUAUGUAAGUUUCCUCGCUAUGAAAUGUUCUCAGACCGAAGGGAGUCGCCCUGACCAUUGUCAGGCAAUUAUCAUAUGGAUGUUAAUUUUAAUUAACAUGCUGUGCUUCUCCUUCUGUCUGCCCCCAACCAAUUUAGGACUAAUGUGGAUUGCCUUCCUUCCUGUGUCUCAUCUCUAUAA